AUGGGGCAUCCCUAUGGGCCUAGAGCCCUCCGUCUCCAAGAGGUUGCACCCAGCCACAGGGUCCUGUUCCCAUGGAGGCCCGGUGGCUCCCAGGCCCAACAUUUGCGCCUGGCCGCCUGCCCCCCGGCCGCCCGCCCGCCCUGCCCCGAGCUGGUGCGGGAGCCGGGCUGCGGCUGCUGCCCGGUGUGCGCCCGCCUGGAGGCCGAGGCGUGCGGUGUCUACACGCCGCGCUGCGCCGCCGGYUUGCGCUGCUACCCCGAUCCCGGCGCCGAGCUGCCCCUGCAAGCCCUGGUGCAGGGACAGGGCACCUGCGCCCGCCGCCGCGACACGGCCGAGUACGGCGCCAGCGCCGAGCGCCCCGCAGAUAAUGGUGAUGACCGGUCUGAGAGCAUUCUUGCUGAGAACCACGUGGAUGGCACUGUGGGGAUCCUGAGCGGAGCUGGAGGGAGGAAGCCCAUGAAGACAGGCAUGAAAGAACUGGCAGUGAUGCGGGAGAAGGUGAACGAGCAGCAGCGGCAGAUGGGCAAAGUCAGCAAGGCCCAUCACAACCACGAGGACUCCAAAAAGUCACGGCUGUCGACGGGCAGGACCCCUUGUCAGCAGGAGCUGGAUCAGGUCCUGGAACGCAUAUCCACCAUGCGACUGCCAGAUGAGCGAGGGCCCCUGGAGCACCUCUACUCCCUUCACAUCCCCAACUGUGACAAGCAUGGCUUGUACAAUCUCAAACAGUGCAAGAUGUCAGUGAAUGGGCAGCGUGGCGAGUGCUGGUGUGUGGACCCCAUCCACGGGAAGGUGAUCCAGGGUGCACCCACYAUCCGCGGGGACCCCGAGUGCCACCUCUUCUACACAGCCCAUGAGCAGGAGGACCGGGGAGCACACGCCCUGCGGAGCCAGUAGACAGAUGUGAUCCUGCUGGCUGCAGGUGGCUCACYGUGGCCCCAAUGCUGGAUUUUACAUGGGUUUCAGCAUGUCUCUUUAGGCUCUGGAAGAGACUGGGGUUGGGUUCUGUGUGCUGCCUUCCUUCCUCAGCUGCCUGGUUCCUGGGGAGGGGAGGGAUAAUGGGAGGGGAAAGGUGGUGGGGGGUUUGCAAGGAGAAGGGACUGCUUUCUUAGUCUUUCACCCAACAUAAACCAGAGAACUGGUCUUUUUUUGCUCCUCGCCCUGCAGCCCUGCCCUCCCUGCUGCUUCGCGGCAUCUUUCUGCACCCUCCAGCACAGAGUGCCGUGUGCUCCCUGACCCCUCCCAAGGGACAAAACCCCUUGCUGUGGGUGGGAGAGGGUAAAAAAAAUGAAAGAGCCCAGCCUUUCCCCCUCUUUUUCUCUCUUCCCCAAGACCAAAGACUGUAAAUACUGUCACCUGCCUCUUGCAUCCUGCCACUCCCCUGUGCCCCAGCCCAGCCAUCGGUCCUGGCAUGGGAUGCGAUGUGGGAGAGAGGGAAGGAAGAAAGAAAGCCCCCCAGCUUCCCAGCUGGAACAUACCACCACAGCUGGGAUAUGUUCCCCAAGGAGGCAGCAGUGAGGGAAAGGGCUAAAGGUGGGAUAUCUAUCACCCUGCCCCCUAACAACAUCCUGGGUGCUUCCUUCCCUGGUACUAGGGCACAACCAACUCCACAGGUCCAGGAGCAUGGGACCUUUGGGUGACAGCAAAGUUAAAUGCUUGUUCCUGCAGGGGAUUAGAAGGGCUUUUGCACAGUAUUUUUUAGGAUCAGCUUUGCUGAGGGAGCUAAAAUGAACUUGCAGAGGCUGGGUGGAAGGAUGCCUGUGUAGAUUUAGGAUAACAAGCCAGGGAAUGUCUCUCUUUCUCUCAUUCAUUUUUUCUUUAUUUCUAGAUAGGAAAAAAAAUAAAUAUCUAAAACCUGCGUUCCCAAGCAGCUGCCGUUGUCCCUCCAUUUUUGCUUGGGACGGAAGUGAGCAUCUGUUAUUCAGCACAUAACUUUUUCUUUUUGUAAGUAAAUUACAGUAUAUAUCUUGCUUUGUAAAGACCCCUCACACACACACAGAGUCCUCUGCCCACAUACACUUUUGUAUAGAUGAAAUCCAAGUGAUUCCAGGUGCUCUGAGAGGUUUUGUGCUGGACAUGCUGAGGAAAGAUGUCUCUGCUGUUAAUUCACCUGUUGAUUUCUUUCUGUACAGAAUACACUGAUGCUGAGAAUAAAUAACUUCCCCAUUGCCUAAGCAAGGAGAUUUUAUUAUUUUCUUCCUUUUUUUUUUUUUUUUUUUUUUAAUAUGGAUAUCCUUUUUAGAACAAUUGCAAAAACCCUCUCCUUAGAGUAAAAGUCUUGGGCUUUCCUUAAAUGGUUUGUUGUUUCUUGUCCCGUUUCUUGGACCCACGUUUCAGGUCCCAAGAGUGAAGGGCACACGUGGGCUAUGUAAAUUAAGGCCCUCAUGAGUUUGCAGGGGUUUGGACAUGGCAGUGGGGGAGACAGGGAAGAAGCCCCUUUGGAAAGUUGAGGGUGGGCAUAUGUGGAUGUGUAUGAAUGGGAGCACGUGAAAGAAGAAGAAAACACACCUCCAUGCAAAACCAAGUAACUGUAAAAAUGAUGCUACCUGUUUUCUGUAAACAUCUGAGGGUGUUCUGCUUUUUCAUAUAAAACUUGCACAUGCUGGCUCUCA